AUGUUCUUUAACGAUCAUUGUCUCUUUGUUAUUCUUUCUUUGAUGCUCGAGAGUGCUUACAUAUCUAUCUAUCUAUCUAUCUAUCUAUCUAUCUAUCUAUCUAUCUAUCUAUAUCGACCACCAGCAUCGACCAGCGAUCAUCAGCGACCACCACUAGCGACCAGCAGCCAGCAGCGACCACCAGCGACCAUCGAACAUCAGCGACCAACUGACUCCCGCCGACCAGUCUUCUAUUGCCUGCUAGUACCAGCUCAACACGCCGACAGUUUAUCGACCUUCGCUGGCUGCUUACCGUCCUUCGACACCUCUCAAGCAGUUUCGUCUUCAUCUUCUGAUUUACAACAGUCGUUUGCCCUGGGAUACGAAUGCCAGCUGGUACCAACCCAAUACACCAAAUGUUUAUCAACCUUCGGCACCACUCGAGUUGCUACGGUCAUCAUCAACUAUCGUCGCAGUUAA